GGCAGAUGUUUGAGUGGAAAGCAGUUUUGGAGAGGGGGAAGAAAAAGAAGAGGGGAGGGAUUAGCUUAGUCACACAUCUUAUAUAUAAGCCUCAUUUUCUUGAGGCAUGUGAAGGAUUCUUGGUUUGUGUGGAAGAAGUAGUGGAGCGUCAGAGCAAAGGUCGAGGGAAAGCGAAAUAGCACGAGAGCGAGCACAGGAUCUUGGCUUGAUGCAAUGGUUUGAAGAACUGCUACUAUCACUGCGACGACGUUUGCUAAAAAAAGAAAUCAGAGAUGUGGAUUUAUAUCUUGAUCUUCUUCUUGACCUCAUCAUGGGCCACGGCUCAAGGAACUACUAACUCAAAUAUCAUUGUGAACACAACUACUUCACCUGUGAAAGUUUAUGUUAACAGAAAGGAAGUCUUCAAUCUUGGGAGCGAUUCAAGACUCAUCUGCAGCAACACGACUCAGACUAAGGCGAUAUUUGUUAUAUGGGAAAUUGAACUGAAACACAAAGCCUGCAAGAUCUCCUUUAGCCAUGAGGGUCAUGACGUUGACUCCUGCAAUGAUGGCAAAUCGAUACAAAACUCAACGGGUCUGUCAUUCCUGCACAUCCCAAACUUUUCAGUCAAUGAUGUUGGAACUUACAGGUGUGAAGCAGCUUACACAGGAGGAAAUGAAAAUUAUAAUAUUUCAGUGGGUGUCACAGCUCCUCCUGCUGUAUCUGCCUGGUUAGAGCGAAGGGGCAACAAGAUGGUGGCCGUGUGCAGAGCUGAAAGAGGGAUUCCUGCUGCCAAUAUCAGCUGGAGUCUCACAGGAAAUUACUCCAUGAAACAGCAGAAUGACCCAGAUGGAGUUGUAACAGUAGAGAGUCAGCUGGAGGUCCCUGAAGACAUUGACCCAGAAAACCUGACCUGCAUUGUCCGCCACCAGUUGUGGGAGCGGGAGAAAACUUUCACACCCAGAUUCAGAGGGCUUCCUAUUUGGUACUUCAUCCCUAUUUUUGGGAUAAUCUUCAUUCUUGUGGCAGGUUUUUCUAUCUAUGCACUAAAGAAAAUAAUAUUAUUGAGAAAAUGUCAGACAGACACAUCAUCCAAAUCACCUCCGGUAGGUAUUUUAUCCCCACUAAUCAGUGUUUUUUCUGCACUUUGCUCAGCUUUUUACAUAUGUUGUUUAUGUUUCCUUUUGAAGCAGGCAGAGGAUGUGGAGGAAGUGGAGCCUUAUGCUAGCUAUGUUCAACGUGUGAACUCAAUAUACAACUGAUUUGCAGAUGUGUGUGCAUAAAAUUUCUGUUGAUGCAACAUGGUCGCACACUAAAAUGCACAUCAGGGGACUUUGUGAAAAAGCGAGGGCUGUGAAACUGAGAAAUGAUAAAAUAGUAAGAAGAAGAAGUGAGCAAAGUGAGAUCAAAGGUUUCCGGUAAGCAAGGGAAGCCUCUUAGGUUAAAACCGCCUCAAUAAGCAGCGCCGACUGAUGGAACAGGGGAUGUACCAGGUGCCAAAUACAGGCUCCCAUUCACCACUUAUGCUGCCCACUGCUCUCUGUGAGUAGGUAUCAUGGAGAACUUUAAUAAUUACUACAGAUGUGAUGAACUGAGGAGCUGGAAAGAGUGUGUGUGCGAGCCGGAUGGAGGAUACUCUGACUACUAACGACUUUGGAUGUUGGAUGUAAUUAUGUAAAAUAAAAAUAAUUAUUUAUCAACUGAUAGGACAUGUAAUAUUUUGGGAGAUUUACUGGGGCCAACCCAGUGAAAGCAGUGAACUUGUGUAUUUUUGAGACACGUCUGCCUAAGUUUACAUGUGUACAAUACUAUAUCAACUAUUAAUUAUAUCUAUUCAUACGUAAUUCUGUCUGUAUAUCAAAAUAUAUUGAGUUUUGUGAGUAAAAAUAAUUAUUUGUGGAUGUAAAUAUAGACAAAAUGGGUGUAAAACACAAAUCCCAAACAAGCAGAUAUUAGUUGUUCUUUAUUUUGUACAGUUUACAUUUCCUGUUUACUUGGUGUAUAUAAAAAUUAAGAAAUUCCCUUUUUAAACGUGCAAUAAAAAAAAAGAAAAAAAAAGUAUGAAUUUAAGUAAUUUAUUAAUAAGAUGUGAGACUUGUUUGACUUUGAUAACCAGGGUAAUCGGUUGAGUUACUCACAAUAAAAGUCAUGU